GAACUCGGAGGAGAUGGAUCGGUACCUGCUCCUUGCCAUCUGGGGCGAAGGCAAUGUCCCGUCAGCGGCGGGUGGGGAGGCAGACCACAGGCCAGGGUCGCCGUCCGCUGCGGGUACCGAGAAGCAGCCAGAUUUAGCAGCAAAUGUUUAUCACCUUCUGAAAAGAAGCAUUAGUGCUUCACUUAAUCCAGAAGAUAGUACUUUCCCUGCCUGUUCAGUGGGCGGUAUACCUGGUUCUAAGAAGUGGUUCUUUGCAGUGCAGGCUAUAUGUGGAUUUUAUCAGUUUUGUAGUUCGGACUGGCAGGAGAUACAUUUUGGUAUGGAAAAAGAUGAAAUCGAAGAUGUUCUUCAAGCAAAUAUCGAAGAAUAUUUGAGUAAUGUUGAGUGUUUUGAGGAAGAAGAUAGUAAUAGCAGGGAAUCAUUAUCCUUGGCUGAUCUAUAUGAAGAAUCUGCAGAAAAUUUGCAUCAGUUAUCAGACAGACUUCCUGCUCCUGGUAGAGCAAUGAUAGACAUAAUACUGUUGCUCUCUGACAAAGAUCCUCCUAAAUUAAAAGACUGUUUGCCUACUGUUGGAGCAUUAAAACAUUUAAAGGAAUGGUAUUCAGCAAAAAUUACUAUAGCAGGAAAUCAUAGUGAAAUGAAUUGUCAGAAAAUUGCAGAAUACCUUUCUUCUAAUGUUGUAGCUUUAGAAGAUCUUGGAAAUGCUAUUGACUCAAAGGAAUUAUGGAGAGGAAAGAUUCGGAUAUGGGAAAGAAAGUUCGGAUGUGAAAUUAGUUUUCCUGAAUUUUGUAUAAAGGGAACCAUGCCUAAGAGUUUUAGUACAACUAACUUAAAUACUUGCUCUCUUGACAAAGAGAUAAUACUCUCAAAGGAUAAGACUCUUCUGCCUAAGGUUUUCCAUUAUUAUGGCCCUGCUUUAGAAUUUGUGCAGAUGAUAAAGUUAUCAGAGCUACCCUCCUGCUACAUGUCAGACAUUGAAUUUGAGUUAGGACUAACCAAAAACAGUACUAAGAAGAAUUCCAUGUUACUGUUGGAGCAGAUUUCUUCUCUGUGUGACAAGCAGGUUGGUGCACUUUUUGUAUUGCCAUGUACCAUUAGUAACAUACUUAUUCCGCCUCCCAACCAACUCAGUUCAAGAAAAUGGAAGGAAUAUAUAGCUAAAAAGCCUAAGAUGAUCAGUGUUCCAGAUGUUGAAGUGAAAGGGGAGUAUUCUAGCUAUUAUCUCUUGAUACAAGGUAGUGACAGUAGAAAAUGCAAAGCCACACUGAUUCACUCAGCCAACCAGGUCAAUGGCUCAUUUGCACUCAGUUUAAUUCAUGGAAAGAUGAAGGCGAGGACAGAAGAAACCAAACUGAGCUUUCCUUUUGAUUUCAUGUCACUUCCACAUUUUUCUGGGGAGCAACUUAUACAGAGAGAGAAGCAGUUAGCUCAUGUUCAGACUUUGGCUUUGAAAGAAUGUCUGAAAAGGAGAAAGUUGGCAGAGCAGCCUGAAGUAUUGUCUGUCGGUGAACUCAAACAUCUAUUAACACUCACAAGGGAACACUUUUUAGAUCAUUUUGAUUCUGUUAUUCCUAAAACAAUGACAAGAAAAACAGACAAAAUUAAUACCUCCAAUCCAUUGAAUGAUACCUGUCCAGUGGAAGCUAUUUCUUCGAGUCUAAUGGAAAUCAAUCCUCUGGAAUGGCCAGAGAGGCAUGCUCUUCAAAAUUUGGAAACAUUUGAAAAAGCUAAACAAAAAAUAAGAGCUGGCUCAUUACCUCGUUCUUCUGAACAGUUGCUGGGGCACAAAGAGGGUGCACGGGACUCGAUCACAUUAUUGGACGCUAAAGAAUUGCUGAAAUUCUUUACCUCAGAUGGAUUACCAGUGGGAGAUCUUCAACCUUUACAGGUUCAAAAGGGGGAAAAGACUUUUGUUCUGACCCCAGAACUUAGCCCUCGGAAACUUCGAGUUUUACCUUUUGAAAAAGCCUCAGUGUGUCACUACCAUGGAAUUGAAUAUUGCUUAGAUGACCGAAAAUCUUUAGAAAGAGAUGGGGGAUUUUCUGAACUUCAGUCUCGUCUUAUUCGUUACGAAACCCAAACCACCUGCACCAGAGAGAGUUUUCCAGUGCCUACUAUGCUGAGCCCUCUUCCGUCUCCUGCAGUUUUGUCCGAGCCCGGAAGCGUCCCUGAUGGAGAAGCUUUACAGAGUGAACAUCUGACUGAAGCAUCCCGGUUGAAAAGGAGACCAAAAGAUCUGAAUUGUCUCUAUCCCCAAAAAAGACUUGUGAAGUCUGAGAGUUCAGAUUCUCUCCUUUCUCAGAUGAGUGGCAGUACAGAUCAUCACCACCGUGCAGUGACAUCCAAAAAGCCCCGGGGAGAGAGAUCAUUGUCUCUGACUGGGCCAUCAGUCCCAGUUCAUAGCUAUGAAACUUCCAAAGUCACUCCAAAGGCCAGUUUGGGUCAAAAACGCACGCAUGAAUCAAAAACACCAAGGCAAAUUAAGGAAUCAAGAUCACAGAAACAUACACGGAUGCUGAAAGAAGUGGUCACUAAAACCCUGAGGAAACACAGAAUGACUGAGGCCCAUGAAUGUUUCACUGCCUGCAGCGAGCGUCUCUUUGAGAUCUCCAAGUACUAUCUAAAGGAUCUUAAAACUUCAAGGGGUCUAUUUGAAGAAAUGAAGAAAACCGCAAACAAAAAUGCUCUACAGGUGAUUGAGUGGGUUUUAGAAAAGACAAGCAAGAAAUAACACAGAAUCAUUCUCUUUGGACAAUUGUUAAUUGGGC